CUCAAUACGUGUCCGAAAAGUAUAAAGAAUUUCGUUGACUGAAGAUAUUUCUAUUACGAUUGAAAUAAGUUGUUAUCCAGAAUAUUGAUCAACCUCAAAAGAAUUUGGCACGCAAUAAAGAAUAAAAAACAACGUAACAGCAAAUGAGAUUACAAACAUGGAAUCGCCUAGCAAAAUGAUUAAGAUGGAUAAGGACAAUGAUAAAGAGAGCGAGUCCGUGAAACAGAAUGCAUAUCUUCGCUUCAUGACGAAUGAUAAGGAAAUUAUGAAGAAUCAUGUAGAAAUUAUGAAGAAUCAUAAAGAAAUCAUGAAAGUUCAUGAAAAAAUCAGGAAGAAUUAUGAAAAGAAACUUUGUAUUCAUAUAAUACUUCAUAAAAUACUUCAUGAUAAACACAAUAUAUCAGAUAAAGAGUUAGAGAUCACGCGUACAAAUUCCAUUACACAGAAUAUAAUAAAGAAAUUUUUGGAAUUGGAAAGUGAGAUAUCGAAAUGUGUUUUUGAGAACCAAGUAUACAAGGUGAUGAUUGAAAAGUUGUGUUGCAACGAGGACAUACGCGUUAAAUGUCAAGAUGAAGAUAAAAACAUCGAUAAAAAGCAAAAGAUUAAACACAAGGAAGACAAGUCUGACAUGCACAUCAUGUUGUUGAAUAGAAUAAUGAAAUUAUAUACAGAGAUUGAAUGGUGGCUGCAACGUGUUAUAGAAAAUCAAAUCGCGCUGAUGACAUUGGUCAUCGAGAAACAUAAAACAGAGAUAGAACUAAUGAAAUUGGCCACGAAAGUGAUCAAGCUUCAGAAUUUAUAUGAAAAUUUAUAUAAAAAAGAAAAAACAAAUUUACAACUAAAAAAUUUACAACUAAAGAAUAAGAAUGAUAAGACGUCUGGAAUGGAAUCAUUCAAUGUCUCGAUAGCAGAACGUCAUUCUUGAGGAAGAAAACCAACAAAUAUCCUCCAAUACAGAAACGAACAACGCAAUCGAAUUACUGAAACAAAUAAAUAACUCUGAAGAAAAGAUGAAUAAAAUAUUAAAUAAAGAGAUCAGAGCAAUAAAGUUAUUGAAAGAUACAAAAAUCGAAUGAUAAUGGAUUGUUACAGAAAAAGAAAUUCGAGGACAGAGCAUACAAUGUUAACCGCCUGAUUAAUUAUUAUUCGUUCGAAUAUUCCUAUUCGUAUAAAAAGUUUAAUGACGCUUGUACAUUUCAAUAAAGAUUAUAAAAUUAUAAAAGUGGUUAUAAGAUAACAAUCAAAAUGAAUUGAGGGAAACAGGCAAAAAAAACCACAGCGCUAGGAUAAUGAU